AAAAAAAAAGGAACAUUUUUGCUAUAAAAGCAAGUCAUUUUUAGUUACACUUAUCAGCAAGUUGCAGAUUGGUCUUGAUCAUAAAAAGAUUUGAUAGUUGAAAAAUGUUCGUAGAAGUUGUAGUCGUUGCGCUAACAGUUUCAAUAGUUUAUACUAAUCCGAUUGUAGAGCGUGCCGUUGACCAAAGUAAAAUAUGUUUGGCAGAACAUAACAGGUUGAGAGCCCUACAUCUAAACACUCCAAACUUAGUUUUAGAUAGUGCACUUACUGCGAGUGCACAAAAAUGGGCAGACUAUUUACAAAAUAGUAACACGUUUGUGCAUAGCAAAGCUAAAGGUUAUGGAGAAAACCUUUAUUAUUCCUCUGGAUAUCCUGCUGGAAGUGAUUGCGUUAGAGCAAGCAAUUCUUGGUACUCUGAGAUUAAAAGCUAUAGUUAUAACAAUCCGACAUUUUCAAGUCGCACUGGUCAUUUUACUCAGUUGGUUUGGAAAUCGAGUACAAAAGUUGGCUUUGGUAUUUCAUUUAAAGGAAGUUCAGUUAUAGUCGUUGCUCAGUAUUCACCAGCAGGGAAUGUAUUAUCACAAUUCAAACAAAAUGUUAUGCCAAAAAAAUAAGUUUUUGAACUUUUUAUUUAUUUUUGUGAAUAACAAAACAUACAAAAAAUGAUGGGUUGAAAAUCAGAAAACUACUAGUAAUUUUUAAGUUACACACUUAUGAUUUUUUAAACGAGCAUGUGAAUAUAUUUUAACUUUGUUACUUAAUUUUAUAAAAUUUAAUUUAAAUACUUUAUAGCAAUUUGUAA